GCUCGCCAUGCCGUCCACGCUCACGCGCGCCGAGACCGAGGACUUCGCGGCCGCCAAGGCGCCUCCGCAGGCCCCGCAGGUGCUGGGCGAGGCUCCGUCCACGCCGCGCGCUGCCAAGAAGCCAUCCAAGGGCCGGCGCUUCACCUUCAAGCGCCUGAGCCGCAAGAACGAGCCCAUCGUCGAGGCCGAGAACGAGGACGCAGCGGUGCUGGCGUCUCCCGCCUCGUCGUCGGUCUCGUCCACCUCGGAUAGCACCAGCAGCUUGACUGGGGCCAACAAACGCCCCGUGGGGCCACAAGACUUCGAUCUGCUGUGCGUCAUCGGUCAGGGCGCAUUCGGCAAGGUCAUCCAGGUGCGGCACCAGCCGACGGACGAGAUCCUGGCCAUGAAGAUCGUGUCGAACAAGUACAUUGUGCAGCACAACUCGGUGUCGUACCUGCAGGCCGAGAGGGAUAUUAUGACCAAGAUCAACCACCCGUUCUUGAUCAGUCUGCGAUACGCGUUCCAGACCAAGUCCAAUGUGUACUUGGUCAUGCCGUUCGUCGCCGGAGGAGAGCUGUUCCACCACCUGCACAAGGAAGGCCUGCUGCUCGAGAGCUCCGCCAAGUUCUACGCCGCGGAGAUGGUGCUGGCGCUGGAGCACUUGCACUCGAAGGGCAUCAUUCACCGCGACCUGAAGCCUGAAAACGUACUGCUUGGGGCUGAUGGGCACAUUCGACUUACGGACUUCGGUCUCGCCAAAGAAAUGGCUGACGAGGACGACUCGACUAGUACCAUGUGCGGCACGAACGAGUACAUGCCACCGGAAAUGAUCCGCCGCAAGGCAUACAACCAGGCAGUGGACUGGUGGGCGCUGGGCGCGCUUAUCUACGAAAUGGUGACGGGCUACCCGCCUUUCAGACACAAGAACCGCAAGAAACUCCACCAGAAGAUCUUGAACGAAAAGCUCCCUCUUCCGAAGUGGCUUGGGCCUGAUACCCACUCCAUUCUGAAGCAGCUGCUGGAAAGAAACGUCGACAAACGCCUGGGCUCUGGCAAGUCGACCAUGUUCCAGGUGAAGGGCGUGCAAGCCAUCAAGAAGCACACCUUCUUCAAGGGCAUCGACUGGCACCUGCUGGAGCAGAAAAAGGUGCAGCCGCCGAUCUUGCCCAACGUUAUGAGCAACACGGACACCACCUACUUCUCAGAGGAGUUCACGACGCAGGCUGUGGGACGCCGCAGCCGCAUCGACAGCGCUACAGCAAGUGGCGACUCGAAGAAGCUUUUUGCGCGCUUCUCGUGGGUCGCGGACGACGCCCCGAGCUUUGCGGAUAUCGUUCGUGCAGGCGCACAGGAGGAGGAGGAGGAGGAAGAGGACUCGAUCGCGGACGUGCAGGAUGGCGUUGCAAAAGUGUCGCUUAGUGACAGCUCGAACACCCCCUGAGGGGCACGCCCACUGGACAGGUA